GCGCAGAGGCUUCCGAGGCGGGACGGUACAUCCGCGACCGCGAGCAGGGGAAAUCGAGCAGCGCGAACGGGCGGCGCGGCCUCAUCGUCUGGCCUUGCCAAACUGUCCCCCACGGGGGUCCCCGGGGCGCUCGCGCUCGCGUCUUCCCCUUUGAGGGGCCAUCCCCAUCAUCCCUUCGCUUCCACGCACCAAUCUUGUCCCGGCGCCUGCCACUGCCAGGUCCAGGGGACAGCCACAGCCCGAGCACAAGGGGGGCGCCAGGACACUGGUGCGCGGCGCGCCCCGGGGAAGAGCAGCGGCGGCAGCGGCGGAGCAGAACACGCCAGCGCCUCGCCGGCUCGCGCCAAUGGCGGCUCCUUCCCGAGCGUCGUCGUCCUCGUCCUCGUCGUCCGCGCGCCUCCUCCUCCUGCUGCUCUCCCUGCUCGGGUCCUGCGUCGCGCUGAGCCGCCAGGAGUCGUCGUCGUCGUCGACGGACUCGUGCGCCGCGGCGAAGCUCGCGGUCGCCAGCCUCGUGCCCUUCGACACCGCGGGGUUCCGGUGCGCCGCCAACUGGAAGCAGCAGGACUUCGUCCUCCGGUACAAGAACACGGGGCCGAGCGUGUGGAGCUUCGUCCUGUCGGCGCCGGACAGGGGCUCGUACGUGGCGGUCGGCUUCUCGGGGAAGGGCGCCAUGGUCGGGAGCAGCGCCGUCGCCGGGUGGGCGUCCGGCGGCAGGGGCGCCGUCAAGCAGUACUACCUCGCCGGGAAGAGCCCCGACGAGGUCGCCCCCAACAGGGGCCUCCUCAAGCUCGUCAGGAACAAGUCCGCCGUCGUCUCCCACUCGGGCCGCCUCUACCUCGCCUUCCAGCUCAGCACCGACUACCCGCAGCCGUACCUGAUCUACGCCGUCGGGCCCGACGGCAACCUGCCGCCGUCCAGCACCCUGCAGCUGCCGAUGCACCAGAGCGUGGCCUCCCGCGCCUUCAACUACACCUCCGGGAUGUCUUCCAGCUUCGGCCCCGGCGACGGGACGUUCCCGGCGGAGCGGAGGCACGGGCUGCUGGCCAUGAUGGGGUGGGGCGUGCUGAUGCCCAUCGGCAUGAUCACCGCGCGCUACUUCCGGCAGCUGGACCCGUGCUGGUUCUACAGCCACCUGGCCAUCCAGGUGUGCGGCUACGCCAUCGGCAUCGCGGCCGUCGUCCUCGGCUUCCGCCUCAACGGGGACGGACUCAAGAACGUGGACGCGCACAAGGCGCUCGGCAUCGCCAUCCUCGCCAUGGCGUCGCUCCAGGUGCUGGCGAUCCUGGCGCGGCCGGACAAGACGUCCAAGGUGCGUCGGUUCUGGAACUGGUACCACCACAACAUCGGGCGCGCGGCGAUCCUGGUGGCCGUCGGCAACGUCUUCCUGGGCCUCUCCAUCGCGCAGGAGACCAACGCCUACAUCGUCUCCUACGGCGUCUUCGUCGCCGUCUGGGUGGUCGCCGUCGCCGCCUUCGAGGUCAAGCGCUGCUACGCCGACGACGACUGAUCCGCUCGACCGACCGACCCCCUUCCAGGCAGGCAGGCAGCGAUACCAGAGUCGUUAUUCUGGACAACUCUGGCCAUAGGACGAAACUGAUGGGCGUACGCAGAAUGAAGCGUUCACGGCCAGUGACGUGACACACAUACACACACCUGUUCUUGUUCCUUAGCUCACAACUGGACAGUGCAUUCGGGAAAGCGUGCUUGGCUGGCUAAAAUUUGAUUUUUUUAUUUUUGUUUUGGGUAUAGGAUUUGAAGCAAGGGCCGGACUGCUGCUCUAGCCUAGCUGGACGCUCUGAUUCAUAUUCAUAUUUGUACAUUGGUACAUGGUCGUGUUUGUGCUGUACUUGUACCCAUUCAGAUGAUAGUUUUGUUCUUCACCCCCUUCUUGGUUC